GCUAGUUAGCUAGCUCCUCCCUAUAUUUACAGGACACUGACACAGACACAGUGCCGCCCUGUGCAUGCAUGCAUGUGCAGCUAGCCGGCCGGAGAGAUGGAUGUCGACGACGAAGAGAGCCUCCUCCUCUACUGCGACGAAGACCCUUUCGCCGACGACUCAACACCACCACCUACGGCGCCCAUCUCACCAUCAUCCGGCGCCGGAUCAAAAGAUGAUGGCGAUCACGCGCAUCAGGCGGUUGAUCUGAACCUUGUGAUGGAGCACAAGUCCAGGGAGAGAUGCUACGCGCCGGCGCGAUCGACGGGCUACCUCCACCGUCUCCUCGACCAUGGCCACCAGCAUGGCGCCGGAGUGUCCGGCGCCAGGUCCAAAGCCGUGCGCUACAUCAUCUACGCAUUCGGCCGCCUGGGGCUGGCGGCGGCGACGGCCUUCAACGCAGUCAACUACCUCGAUCGCUUCUUGUCCAUACACUGCAAUCUCAGUUGGGAGGUGUGGAUGGUGGAACUGCUGAGCGUGGCGUGCCUUUCUGUCGCAUGCAAGCUGGACGAGGUCAGCAUACCGUCCCUGCACGAUCUACAGAUGGAGGAGGUAAUGAGUCAUUCGUUCCGGGCGUCGGCGAUCCGGGACAUGGAGCUGGCGCUGCUCAAGGCGCUCGAAUGGCGUCUCGCCUGCGUCACGCCCUGCUCCUACCUCGACCUCCUCCCCCUCCCCACCACCGCUUCAAAUUGCACCAGCCUCCUCCUCCGAUCUCUUUCAGAUCCCUCUUUUCUCCGAUUUGACGCCUCUAUGCUUGCCACCGCUGCACUCAGGUGUGUGGCCAUACUUCAGGAUCAUGCCCAUCUCAUUGCUCCUCAACUAUGCCAACAGGACGACGAGGCCGAGGAGUGCUUUAAGAUGAUGAAAGCACUUGACACAAGUUUGCAGAAUGAUCCAUCAUCCAUGAAUCAUUAUCAUCAUCAUUACAACUACAGUACUACUGGCCAGAUGCAGGGGAGUCCGAUUUCAGUGAUUCCAUUUGAGAUCACUGACGGUGACAGUACAGUUAACAACAGGGCAGCGGUCAGUCGCCGCUUAUUUGGCACGCCAACAGCACAGGAAAAAUGAAGAUACAUAAACAACCCCCCCCCCCCCC